AUGACGUGUACUCAGUGGCGGUUAUAUCCAUUGCUUGGAAGAUUUCAACAUGCUGGAAGUGUGGCUGGUGAAAGAGGAUCCCAUGCUUCCUCUGAGCAACAUCCAACUCUUGUGGAAACUAUACAGCAAGCAAUACCUGAGCCUUUGCUUCACCAGCAAGCCCCUGCAGAUCCUGGAAGAGAUGGUUCAUCUCCAACUGAUCUAAGAAGGCAGGAACCAUCUGUUUCUAGGAGUGUAAAUAUUAACAUUAUUUCCUCUGCUGGGUCACACACUAAUGGAGAAACUGAGAGACAAGUCCCUGGCAGUGUUGUUCAGUUUCUGAGGAGCCUAUUUCCUGGUGGUGACAUUCGUGUAGAGGGUUCCAGCAUUGAUGGGACGGUGAUAGGAUCUGCCUCUCAGGAUGCGGGGACAUCAGCUGGCGCCAUGAAUUCUCCAGAAUCAGAAAAUAGAGCAAGUGAUGAUGGAAUAUUUCUAUCGAAUUUGCUUCACCAGAUCAUGCCCUUCAUAUCUGAACAUGCAGUUGCUGGGUCAAAUCCAAUGAGCGGUGAAGAAUCAAACAUGACAACAUGCAGGAGAGCUCAAGAUUCAUCCACUGAGCCUGAGGCUGAGAGCUCUGAUAUUGGGACAUCACAUGGGUGGAAUGAUCUUGACCAGUGUCCUCCCAACGCAAAGCGUCAAAAGAGAGACUGAUCUAUGAUGAUGCAACAGAACAGAAAAGUGCAUACUGUGGCUACAACUGUUGAGCAUUAGAGUUUUGAUGCGAGAGCACCAGCUAUGCAGUUUCUUCAUUAGCUUGGUGACAAGAUUCACAGACUGUCAGUGUAAUGUGCCUUGUUCUUUUUCUUCUGCGAGCAGGAAAGCAUGGAGAUAUCUGGGGAGAGAGACAACAGCAUUUUCUGCUGUGUAUUCCUUUGUCAAACUGUUUUCUUUUUUCAUUUGUAUCCUUGCACAAUCCCAGAGUGAAAGCGUGAUGAUAAGGUGAGAUGUCACAAUGCCCUAAGAAUUCAUUUAGUCUUGUGAUAUAGCUUGGAUUUCCUAUACCUUUUUAGUCCAAAUUUGUGCUGUCUUUGGGAGCAACUUGAUCGAAUUUGUGGAAAUAUUGUCAGAUACAUACAGUGAGUGAGUGAUUUUCUUUUUCUUUUUUUA